GGGAUUCUUCAAGGAUAAGCUAAUUCAUUAUAUAAUGAAUGAUGUAUGGGUAAUAGUAAUAAAAGUGUUAACAGCAAUAAUAGUGUCCAUUAGUUUUGUGCUGUGGGAGAAGUCACAGAGGAGCAGCCUUCGGAGUUUCUGUUUAAUGUUGAUUCAGUGCAAGAUUUGAAUGGAGAAGUUUGAUGAAAAUAACCUUCUGUGGAAUAAUAAACAAAACUACAUUUAAUGGAUGCUUUUUUAUUUUCUCAGUAUCCAUCUGCAAGCAUUAUUGGUUGUUUAUAUUCCUCUUCAUCAAUGCAUAUCUUAUAUAUAGGGACUAUAAUUUCUUAAGUCAGGCUCGUGCAUCUUGCUCAUUGUAUCACUCCUGCAAGGUACUUCUACGUGACCCAGAGCUGUAUUGGAAAGCACUACUAAGGUGAAAGUGUGCAAAACAUGCUUGCAGGCAUGUCUAUGAGGGCUGGAGCUUCCUGUGUCCCUUGAAUACUGAGAUUCACCUGCACUAACUUAUCUCCUGGAGAUAAAACUCUUAAGGAAAAUACCAAGUGUCAUAAAGCUGACUUGUAAAAGUAUUCUUAAAAGUGAUAGCAUUAUAGGUGCCUUUAAAAUCAAUGUCUUCUUUUAGAAAUGUACUGAGUUUUCAGCUUGGCCCCUUAAAAGUAGCUCUCAGAGCUGAGGAUAUUUAUCCUGUUCCAUUUCUUGAAUGGGAUGCAGCUGUUGAAUUCUUCAGAUCUGAGUAAAGUCUUUAAAGGCUUUAUUUAUAUUGUUUUUUUUUUUCUGUUCUCCUCUGGUUCUGAACAAAUAGCCACAACUUCAGUUGAUGGAAAUUAUCCUACUGUAGCAUCCCCCCAGUGCAAACAGCUCUCGUAGCUGGUCCCUGGGGAUUCGGGGAACAAAGAGUACCUCUAAAGCAAUCAACUAAAAUUCAUCCGCAGCCCGUUAGGAGCUCCUUGCAGUGAUACUGAAGUGUAGGAAGCUCUAUAAUCCUUUGUAUUUCAAAAUGCAGGCUUAUGGCUUGAGUUUCCCUUGAAUAAACCUUACUAUUAUUAAUGAGGUGUGUAAAAUAUUCUCCUUUGGUUCACUAAUGGGCAUAAUGUGGAUAAGAACUUUUUAGCCCCGGUAAAUCUCAAAAUGAAUUUUGCCUUUAUCUAAACAGAAAUCUUUGAUGGCAGGCUGAAAUGCUGAUAUUUUGAUGUUAGUGUAGCACGAUAAAAGUUUCAAAGCUGUGGAUCAGAUAUGCUGUGCUGCUCUGUGUAUGUAGGAUGAGGAACUCUUUGUAUUGCAAUAAUGUGGGACCCGGCAACAAAUCUAAUUUUUCAUGCAGUUGUUGAUUUUACAAGGAUAUUGCAGUGAAAGCUCUUUAACUUCCUGUGUUUGCAUGCCUUUUGUAGCAGGAGCCUCGUCCUGUCUCUUAAAACCCAAACUGAUGGAUCCUUCAUUUUUUCAAAGCGCUUUCCUCACUCUAUAAUGAAACGUCAAACCUGAAAGAGGUUUGUGUGGAUCCUUCAACUGACUAAUGUGUAUUUAAAUUACAGGAUUAAUAAGGUUGAUAAGAGGAGGUGAACAGCUGCUGUGGCCACUCAACACGGGCAGAUUAAAAUAAUUGGGCUGGGGACGUCUGUUAGAUUGCCAUUAAAAAACUUAAAUAGGAGCAGAGAGCGUUUGGCAGUCCUCAACAAAAGCUUAUGAGGGGAGAGAGGAGAGUGGGUAAGGAGAGAUGUUGUUCAUUCAUCUAAAAAUAGGCCUUCAGUCUGCCUCUGAGCUUGUUUGUUUGUCUUUCAUUUGGGGACUGUAGGUGGAGACCUGCCUUUUCAGAGCUUGAGGACCAGGCCCUUCGCUAUAAGCUUCAUUGAUGCCCUGAUUUCAGAAGCAGGCUCUGGGGCUGUGUCCGUGUUGGUGUAGUUUGGUGUAUGGCAGCUGCUGACAGCCUCCCUGGAAGCCCCACCUGUGGUGAGGGCUGAAAGAGGCCUUUGCUGUGCCCUCUUCUCACCGAGGGCUCUUUCAAGACUUAGUGUGUCAUUAUCCAAAAUGUGGUUGGAAUCCAUAGUUCUGUGUAUGUGCUGCUUUUGCCAACAGGAGAUGUAAACAUGUCCAAAGAAGGGAGUUUCCCUUGUGAUUCGACCAUGAGCAGCCGACGGCCUGCAACUGCCCCUCUGCCCAACGCCGCUGCUCAUAGCGUGUGGGUUGUUAGACCUCUGUCAAGGGAAAAGACACUAUACAGCCUACAUAAAAGCAGAGUUGUAAAGUGUGUUUUUCAUACUCAGAGUAUGUUAGACCGGCUUCAGAAGUCUGAAACAGGGAUAAAACAGAGCACGCUCCUCAUGUGCUGCUCAGAGAUGGCAGCAAUAUGGGCAGGUCCGACCAAACUCCACUACGGUUACUUUGGGGUUGGGAGUGCUCCUCUUCCCCCUCUCCAUCAGUUUACCAGUGUCCCUUCAGCUCCUCACAGCACUUUCUUUUUCUAGAAACAGAGAUGCCGCUUCAAGUUCUCUCUUAAUUUAUCUCACGAUGUAGGCUUUUAUUAGAUCCUAAUAUGACUCGUCAGAGCACUCGUUAUCUCUUCUGGAGUCAUCAGUUCUUGUAAUGGCACUUAAAAGCAUGAGAUGAAAAAAAACAACACAUGAGUUAAUACGUUAAUUGAUUUGUCUUGCUUUCUGCAUUUUAGAGUCUGUGGGAUACAUGCAGACGGUCUCUGGAGCAUAUGGGGUGUUUUGUGGCUAAUGGACCAGACGGCUUGUAUAUAAUUAUAAGUGCCUUGUUUGCAUACGCGCCUUGCUACUGCUUCUCUGUUUUCACAGAUCUUAGGAACACAUCAAGCGUAAAGCUAAGUGAGGUUGUUGUACUUCUGCUACUUAUUUUUCUUUUUGAAUGAACUGUGUCACCAGAGCUUAGUGCAUCUAACCUGCAUGGUUGUGAAUGCCCAGUUUAUCUCUGGGGCUCGCCAAUGUAAUUCAGGGGAAUCCAAGAAAGACUGAAAUAGCAUUUUUUGAUUGCUUUCUUUGAAAAUAGAAAGAUAGAGAGCAUUUUUAUUUAAAAGAGCACUGCCGUGUCCCCUGGAAGCUAUAGUGCAUGUAAUUGAUACCCCAGCUAUUAUGUGAUGAGCCGUAAGGGGCAUUCAUCUCUGGCAGUGCAGUUCUGUCGUCUGAGGUGAGGAAAGGAGUCUGUCAUGAGAACCCUGCUCAGGGUGGGAAAGGUAGCAGAGCAUGCAAAGCACUGGAAUUGCAGCUCCCGUGAGACACACCAACAGGUUUUUGAGUGAAAACAUCUUUAUUAGCUGCGGACUUCUUUGAACUUUUUCACCAAGCCAUCAGUUUUUCCACAGAAAACGUAUUCUUCGUGACUGUUUUUUAAGACAGAAGCCUCAUUUUUCACUGGAGGAAAAAAAAAAAAAAAAAACUAAAUAAAUAAAUAAACAGAGAUUUUUUUGGUCAAUUAUAUUUCUGAAGCUAUUUUUGACAGUCCCGUGAGAUGUUAGUGGCCAGCAUUGGUCACUGUGUAACAAGAGAUCAGCCAGAGGAAUUCUUGGCUGCCUGCUAAUUUAGUUCUCCUAAGCUUACCCCAGAGGGGUAUAGGUUCCCUGGAAUAUUGCAUAAUUAAGAAGCACAUUACAAAUUACAGCCGAUCUGUGAAUGUUGAAUUUACCGUAUCAGAAUCAGUUGAGCGAUUUCUCAAUGAUAGUUUACCCCAAGGUUCGGUUUUAAGUUUUAAGAAGAAUAUUUUCUAGUCCUUCAGGAAGAAAUCGAUCCAAAGUAAACAGAAUAACUUUAUUUUCUUCAAUUUUUUGAUGAUCAAUUAUAUUUUGCAUAGCCUCUCCAUAUACUGUGAACAUUCUGUAUUUAUAACAUUACAUUCCAUCCUGAGUAGCAAUUUUUAUUUAUUUUUUUUAAUAGAAAACUGAGUAUUACUGAAAAGAGUGUUUUGAAAUGGAAGCAGAGCUCAACGUAUAUCACGGGACUCUUCCGUUUCUGAGCAGGAAACCCUUGCUGUCAAUGCAUAGUUGCAAUUCAUGUUAACCAAUAGAUAUCUUAACAAAGUUAAAGGAACAUAACCUUGUCUGGAGCUCAUAAAUGCAAGCGGGCUGACCAAACUUCACUCCCACUUUAUUUUGUCUUCCUGCAGACCGCCAGAAAACGGUGGGGACUUUUAGAUUUCUUGUUCACAGAGCAUGAAAGUGGGAGUUCCUUAUUCAUACGGCUCGAAUGAGUGAGUUUCUGAAUGAGUAUAUCUCCAUUUCUACUUAUGCAAAUAACAUUUUUUUUUUUUUGCUAGAGGAAAUUCAAAGAAUAAUAACAGAGGGCAUAUGGGCUGAAGAAAUUUGGUUUUGAAGAAAGAUGUCAAGUGGCACAAAUGUACAGCAUAAUUUUGAGAUGACCAGCAGGAGGCUGAUCUCUGGCUACAGCAUUUUGAAGAGGAGAGAUUAAAUUUAGCUCCAGUGUCUUUGGUUUGUGUUGAGAUGUAAGCACACCCACUGACAGUGCUUCCCUGAGAAGAUUAUUCAGUAGGACGGCUUUUCUUUGGAAGUCUUGUAUGGUGCCUUGCUCCAUACAACUCUUCCGUUGACACACUGAAAGUGCUGAGGUGUGUGCUUUGACUUCCGUUGGCUUUGGGGUGAUUUCACUUGGAACAGCAUGUCAGGGCGCAGCGUUCGGCUGAAGUCAGUUCCCGUUCAAAGUCUCUCGGAGCUGGAGCGCGCUCGGCUGCAGGAAGUGGCUUUUUAUCAGCUGCAGCAGGAGUAUGACCUGGGAUGUCAGAUUACUAUCCCCAAAGAUGGGCAAAAGAGGAAGAAAUCACUAAGAAAGAAACUGGACUCAUUAGGGAAGGAGAAGAACAAGGACAAAGAGUUUGUUCCCCAGGCUUUUGGAAUGCCCUUGUCACAAGUGAUUGCUAACGACCGGGCCUACAAGCUCAAGCAAGACUCUCAAAGAGAAGAGCAAAGAGAUGUCUCAGAUUUUGUGGCCUUUCUCUUGCCAUUUGGAGCAAAAAGGCAGAACAAAGAACUUUCCAGCAGUAACUCAUCUCUCAGCUCCACCUCAGAAACACCAAACGAAUCCACUUCUCCUAACACGCCAGAGCCGGCACCGCGAGCAAGGAGGCGUGGUGCAAUGUCUGUGGACUCUAUUACUGAUCUUGAUGACAAUCAGUCACGGUUGUUAGAAGCUCUCCAGCUCUCUUUGCCAGCAGAAGCCCAGAGCAAGAAAGAAAAGGCAAGAGAUAAGAAACUAAGCCUGAACCCUAUUUACAGGCAGGUUCCACGGCUUGUAGACAGUUGCUGCCAGCACUUGGAAAAACAUGGUCUCCAGACAGUGGGAAUAUUCAGAGUUGGAAGUUCAAAAAAGAGAGUAAGACAGUUGCGUGAAGAGUUUGACCGGGGCAUAGAUGUUGUGUUAGACGAAGAGCACAGCAUUCACGAUGUUGCUGCUUUGUUAAAGGAAUUUCUACGUGACAUGCCUGACCCACUUCUCACCAGAGAACUUUAUACACCUUUCAUCAACACACUCUUAUUAGAGCCAGAUGAACAGCUAAGCACCUUACAGCUUCUCAUUUAUCUCCUACCUCCCUGUAACUGCGAUACCCUACACCGACUGCUGCAGUUCCUCUCCACCGUGGCUGGCCACGCAGAAGACACCACAGACAAAGACGGCCAAGAAGUUACUGGGAACAAAAUGACAUCGCUUAACCUGGCUACGAUCUUUGGCCCUAACCUGUUGCACAAGCAGAAAUCUACAGACAAAGAAUUCACAGUUCAGAGUUCAGCUCGAGCUGAAGAGAGUACUGCUAUCAUAGCUGUUGUACAAAAGAUGAUUGAAAACUAUGAAGCCCUUUUUAUGGUUUCCCCCGAUCUACAGAAUGAAGUGCUUAUUAGCCUAUUAGAGACCGACCCAGAUGUUGUGGACUAUUUGUUGAGGAGAAAAGCUUCCCAGUCAUCAAGCCCUGAGAUGCUGCGGUCGGAAGGUUCCUACUCCACAGGAGAAAGACACUCUUCCACCGACUCCAACAAAGCUUCAAGCGGAGAUGUCUCCCCGUAUGACAACAACUCCCCCGUACUGUCUGAGCGCUCCCUGAUGGCAACGCAAGAAGAAGUUGCGCACAGCCCAGAUAAGCCGUACAGAGUACCGGAGCAGUACACACUGGGUGGUCAUUUGCAGCCUAAGACAAAGGAGAAUUCUUCUGCAUCACAGGCUGGAAAAGAUGUUUCAGAAGAUCAUUUUGAUAUCUGGGGCACCUGGCAUUCAACGCUGAAAAGUGGCUGCAAGGACACAGGCAUUGCAGGUUCCUACGGAAACAUUUACGAAAGCAGCUUCCUGCGGCCUGGACAGUGCUCUCUUUCACAAGGCAACCUCUCCAUAUAUUCUCCUCGGUGGCAGGGCAGCUCCUCCGAACUGGAUCACGGCAGGCAAGUCAUGCGCAGGAGUCAGACAACUGCCGCCAUUCCCGAGUGCCAGCUCCAGCCUGCCAUGUCUCGGGUAUGCAGUAACCCGCACAUCGAAGCCGGCGGUAGGUGUUUGGACCAGUCACGCUCCAAGUCGGAGCGACACUUGACUUUAAGCAGUGUGGAGGACCUCACUGAGCACGACUCGCAGGCGGGUUGCUCGCAGAGCACGGCCAAGCCCUCCUACAGCAAAGAGAGGCCACCGCCUCCGUACCCUGGGCAGCCCAAAGCAAGCUCUGCGUUGUCGCAGCGAUCGAGCGUUUCUUCAACGUUGCACUCUUUGUGGAGACUUCAGCGCCAUGACAAAAGUGCAGGGACCAGGGCAGCUGGAGGGCCCGCGGCCAAAGCCCCCGAGCAGGCCAUCUCCAGGCAGGAGCGCCCGGCCCCGCACGCCCAAGCAGGUAACAUCUAUUCGACGGCGGCUCACAGUCAGAACAGUAAAAAUGUUUCAGAGCCAGACUGGCACGAUUGGCAAAGAGAGAGGUGGCAAAUUUGGGAGCUUUUAUCAGCUGAUAACCCCGAUGCCCUCCCAGAGACCCUUGUAUGAUCGGACUCCACGGAACUGCCGCUCGUACCUGUGCUCCCUCUCAUAGGAAAACGGUGGUGACAUUGGAAAACUGGGGGGUGCUUGUUUGUUUUCUACCGAAUAAGUUACAUAUAACUUUUUAAAACCUUGUUCACUUUAAUUUCCUAACAGCACUGGCAAGCAGUCUAUUUACAAAUACAGUAUGUUCCUGUUUUUUCAGCAAGCUUGUGAGAAAAGAAGAUGGAAAUGUUAGUCUGAUAACCCUCUAUGCAUACAUACGCUGUUUAUAAGAUAAAACUGUUGCUUCGAUGUGGCUCAAAUGUAUUUAUAUAUCUGCAGUUUGAUGAUUGUAUAUUCUGUAAUGGGUAUUGUAUGAUAAUCAUAUGUUAUGUUUUCAUAUACAGAUGUCAAUCGAUCGUGACUGCUUCUUUAAAAAUCACUGCACUUACAUUACCGUGCUAUGCAUUGGGAUUCUAUAGGAGGUGCACAAGCUGGUUUCUGUGCUUAGAAAAAAAAACCUAAAGGGGAACGUUGUCCUUCUUUUCACUGCCUAUUGAAAAACACUAAAACAGAGUGGAACGUGAAAAGCCAUAUAUUUUAUAAGGGUAGUACUGACUGGGGGGAGGGGGGGUACCAAAUAUAUUCUUUUGUUAUAAAUAUAUUUGCAAGCAAAAUUAAAAUUUGAUACAAGAGAAAUGUUAAAAAUAUAUUUUUUAGAUUCUAAGGAGGUGGUUUGGGGAAUCAAAUAAGAACGAGGCCGUGCCUAAACCAAUGAAAGAUGUAGCGCAAAGGUCUGCCCUACCAGCCUAGAGGAAAAACAUUGUUAUGUAUACAGGAUAUAAUAUAUAUAUUUAUAAAUGUAUGAUUUUAUAUAUUGUUCUAAAACAAUGAACUGGAAUCCAAAUUUUAGAAAACCAAACCCAAUAAGUUGAGUUGUGUAACGAUAGAGAAAGAAUAUGGCUUUUCCUUUAAAGUAACGAGGCUUCAUCAUGAAGAAAGUUAGACAAAGCAGAAAUAGAGACGGGGAUAUUUGCAAAAGGGGGUCACGCCGAAUUUUGGAAGUGAAUAUGCCAUGAGGAGAAGUUCACAGCUGCGUUUCUAUAAGUAUUGUGCCAAAGCCUGGGUCAAUAAGUACUUCUUCGAUAACUCUGUGUUGCGUUGUCAAAUGUCCAUGUUUUAUACACGUUGUUUUCAAAUUGCAGAAGCAUUUCUGGCCAGCAGGUGGCAAUGUACUUCAGUAUUCUAGAGGCAAUUCUGUUAUCACUUGAUAAGGGAAAGUGUAUCAUAUCAGAAUAAUUUUAUAAAACUUAGUAGUCUUAAUUUUAAUGACGUUGAAGACGUAUUCAGUGAUGUUGUCUUUAAGUUCUAUCUUGUGCCAUAAUGAUGGAAUAAAAGGCUGAACAAAA